UUUGCAGUAGAUAAGAGACAAAGUAAACAUAAUAUUUAAAUAUUAAGUAGUGUAUUUACAUCAAAUUUGGAUAAAUACAAGGAUGUCCCACGACCGAGAACGAAGAAUUGUAAUUGUUGGUAAAACAGGAAAUGGAAAAAGUUCCUUAGGGAAUAAUCUUUUGGAGAAAGAAGCAUUCGAUUGCAGACGCAGUAAAAAGGCGGUAACAACGUCAUGUGCAGUAGGGACCACAACAGAUAAUAAAAAGAAAAUCGUUGACACCCCUGGUCUGUUUUCUCCAACAGCUGGAAACAACGUUGCUAAACAGGCUUUAGACAUAUUAGUGUCGUUGAAUAUUUGCAAUAAUCCCCAUGCGUUUUUACUCGUUAUGCGGGACGAUUGUAGAUACACUGAAGAGGAAUUGUCUACAGCAGACGUUCUCGAAAUAACUUUCGGACCAGAAUUCUUUCAGCAUGCAAUAGUUGUUUUUACACACGUUGAGAAUAAAAUAACUGAUCAAGAAUUUGAAGAUGAAUUGAAAGAGUCAAACGAAUUAACAAGUUUAAUCAAGAAAUGCGGCAAUAGAGUAGCUAGGAUUGAAAACACGAGCGCAGACAGUGCUCACAUAAACCGAAUUAUUUCGUAUGUGGACCAAGUGUCAAAGGAAGGGAAUGUGAAAUAUUUAAACAUAUACGAAAACUGUCAUAAAGAGGUUUUACAAAAAAUGGCAAAACUCGAAAGAUUUAAUAGUAAAAACGCACAUGAGCAAGUGUCAAGCCUUUCUAAAAAAAUCAAACGGGCAAUAGAAAAAGAAGAAGAGAUGAAAGAAUUUAGAGAAAGACAGCAAGAGUUGGAAAAAAGAGAAGAAUCCGUUUCAAAACGAGAGGAUUCCGUUUCAAAACGGGAAGUAUCCGUUUCAGAAAGAGAAAAAUCCGUUAGAAAAAGAGAAACAGAAACAAAAACGAUGAGAGAAGAAAAUGUAAAGAAAGAAAUGGAAAAUAAUAUGAUGCUCAGAGAAAUAAAAGUAGACAAAAAAGAAAUUGAUGUUAGGAAAAGAAAUAUACAGCAGGAAGAAGAAGAAGUUAAAGAAAGUAAAAAAAUAGCGGAGAAGGAAAAAGAAAACGCUAUUAAGGUUACAGAAUCGGCUAAAAAGGGAAUGAUGGUAGCAACUGUUGCAUCAGGAGUUGUUGCUGGAGUUGCUACUGCUGCUUCAGGAGGAGUGGCUACCCCUUUAGGCUGGGCAUUUGCCAAAGCAGGAGCUACCGGAGUUGCAGCUGUCACCAUUAGCAGUGCAGCUAAUUGGGUAACUCAAAGAUUUACCUAAUUAUUUAUUCAGUAUGUGAAGAGUUGGUAACACAUUACCUAAUAAUGGUUGCGUCUUUCAGAUUCUGAGUUUAACUCUGACAUAUAAACAUUGUGAAUUGGGUGUGUAGUUACUUAUAUAUUUCUGUAAAAGUAUGUAUGUGAAAUAUACUGAACAAAAUAAGUUUAAGUGCAGACAUACGUUAAUAUGAAAACAAGGCUUCUUAUUUCCACUGUGUUUAAGUGCAGAUAUACGUAAAUAUGAAACCAAGGUUAUUUUUUAUAUGGGGACCAUACGCUGCUUUUCAUGGAAUUGCACUCUGUGCUUCAUUGAAGGUUCAAUGUGCACCGCCGUAUGAAUACAUCUGCGGAUGUUUCUAAAUUAUAUUCCUGUACAUAUUUCAUGUGUUUAUGUUGAGUUCUGCUCAACCCGGGGCUAGAGGGCGUAAACGGUAGCUUGUAUUUCCACUACCGUCCAUGAACAGGCUCAAUCAAACCGAGCCUGCAACAUUUUCGUUUAUGUCGUGUUGGGCAACCUGUGCUUUUCCACUUUUUAUUUUUUCAAAUUUUUUAUGUGUAUUACAAGAAUAUUUGAAUGUGAAUUUGUGUCAAAAAUUUUAUCGCUCUACGUUUACGGAAAACUAAUGAAAUGGUUGAUUAAAUGUGGUAAGGGUGGUACACCGAAAUCACACAUUAAUACCGGGUAUGACCACCUUGAGCAUCGAGGACUGCUUGGCACCGUUAGCGCAUAGAACCGACAAGUGUGUUGAUUUCGGCCUGUUGUUCCACCCCUGAAUUAAGCGUUGUGUUAGAUAAUUGAUGAUCGAUGGUGGAAUAAGGCGACGUCCAACACGCUCGUCCAAAUUAUUCCACAGGUGUUCGGUUGGAUUCAGAUCUGGGCUUUUGGCGGGCCAGUCAUAAUUAAAAUGAAGUGUUAUUAGUCCUUCCGAAAUUCACAGUAUAUCUAGCUGUAUGGCUUGUGGCAUAAUACUGUUGAAACAAAUUGAUAUUGGCAAUAUUUUGAAAUUGUGGGAUGACGUGCCUCCAAAGAAUCUCAUCUCGGUAGCGCUGGGCAUUCAAAUUCCAAUCGAUCGUGACGAGAGGUUUGGGAUAACCAUGCGCAAUGCCUGCCAAGACCAAGACGGAACCUCCACCCCAUAACGAUCUCGUUCAAGUACACAGCACACGGCAUUACGUUAAUUUAUUUUACGAUAUUCUCGAUCCCUGUCAUCACUUCGAUGAAUGGAGAAUCUUGACUCGUCGGAGAAGAGAACGCUACUCCAUUGUUGCCUUAACCAGCGAUGGUGUGACGUGCCCAGUUAACACGAUUUACGCGGUGAGGUCUCGUCAUAACACAGCGAACGUAAGGACGACGUUCACGUAAACCACCCUCGCGCAGACGAUUGCGUACAGCUUGGUCAGAUAUUCGGUUGUUAUGUGUACCAGUGGUGUUAGCAACAGUGGCAGUGGCAGUUUGGAAACGAUUGCUUAGGUGGGUAUUCAUGCUAUAGCGGUCUUGGCCAGGCGUCGUGACGCGCGGACAUCCACUUCGUGGUACAUCUUCCGUACGCCUUGUUGCUUGAAAACGUUGCCUAAGGUUUCGAAUAGCACCGUUCAUUGCUUGACAUGGUAGAUUAAUUAUUGCUUAGAAACAUAUCUAAUAUUUUGCUUUAUUGAUUCCUCGGCUUCAGAAACCUGGAACAGCCGUUAUGGUAUUUCUAUGUAUAAUUUAAACGAUUAUAUUUCACAAAUGACUUGACUAUUGUUGAGCAAAAUAAGAUGGAUAUUUGUCUGGCUUCUUUACUUGAGACAUAAUGUUAACUUCAUAAUACUUACAUUCGCCCUAUUCUUUUCCAUUGAAAAUUACAACGUUCGUUUCGUAUGAACAGCAAAAGGAAAGGUGUGAAAUUUACGUCAUCGCUGCUUAGUGAUAACCGACCGCUGUUUUGACGACGUCCGCGUGUAGUCAGGGAGAACGUUAGUUAAAUGACGUCGCAGUUGUUCCGUGUGUUGAACGGAAUGGCCGGGAAGCUGAUUUUGUGUUAAAUGCCACAAAAUAUGUGCAAUUUAUAAUAUUAUGUUUACAAAUGGAAAGGAAAUGUAAUGUAAAUAUAAGAAAUGAAACUUUUUUUUUCGGUCCAUGCGAAAUGAACGACAGAAUUCAUGGAUUUGCCGAUCCUAUUCUGUCGUUCAUUUCGCAUGAACACUGAAAAAAAUCAUUUCAUUUCUUAAUUAGCACUUACUUUAACACUCACAUUAACACUUGCAUCUUUGUCACCUGCAUGACCAAUAUCACUCACGCUUAUGCUUAUUUUUUCAUCAUUAUUCCAUAAUUAUUACAUGCAACCAAAUACCCUUACAUUUAUCCCCACUGGUAUCUAUCAUUGAAAGAAAUGUCUCAAGUCUCUUGGAUAAUAUGUAAAAUAUGUAUUGUAACUUUCUAUUUCAUAAAUAUUUGCAUUUAUCAUCCGAAUGUUUCUUUAUGUAAGAUAUGCAUUCAAUAUUUUAAUUUUGCGUAUGUUAAGAUUUUAAAAACUAUUAAAUGUUUGUACCCCUCGCCAAUGUGGGUUCGAGCCUCACUCGGGGCGUUGAAUUCUUUACGUGAGGAAGCCAUCCAGCUGGCUUACGGAAGGUCGGUUGUUCUGUCCAGGUGCCCGCUCGUGAUGAAAUAAUGCACGGAGGGGCACCUGGGGUCUUCCUCCACCACAAAAGCUGAAAAGUCGCCAUAUGACCUG